AUGGCCAUUGCACCAAUCACCGGCAUGCUUAGGAAGCACCUCCUCACCAACCUCUCCAUCGGCCUUGGCGGUGGUGUCGUUGCCGGCUACGCGUUCUGGUACGGCGUCCACCUGCCCAACGUCCGCAACCGCGACGCGUGGUACCUCGCCUACCAGGAGAACAAGGCGAAGGCGGAGUCGGAGUAG